GGAAACGUUCAGUUCCGUCGUUUGUCGCUUCAAGCAACACAUUUUCCAUUUCCAGCGCCGCCUCCUGCUCACCGAGCUGUGUGCGUAAGAAGGUGUAAGGCCACACGAGGGGAUGGUAGCGUUCAGGGUGAAAAAACGAAGUCUUUUUCUAUUUAUAGAUUUAUUAUCGUCAAACAAACAGUGCGCAACUGCAGCGCUGCUCAGCCAGCUGUGCGUUAAGAGGAGGAAGCUUGCUUUCAGUUUCUAACGAGAGAGGCGUGGAAGUGAUUUGGAGUAAAGGCGACGGGUACUUGUUGAAAUAAAAAAAGAAAAGAAAAGAAAAGAAAAAAGUUGUGUAGUGGAGGUGUUUUUGACGUUUGAAGGGGAGCUCAUGGAGUUUUCUGAGCACAUCAAGACGGCCAAUGUGGAGGAUGUUGUGCUCCGGCAGCCGCUCCACCCGCCGAGCAGAGGAACCCUGUGCAUCACCGGCCACCACCUGCUCUUCUCGGACAGGGAGGAGGGCAGCUCCCGGCAGGUCCUGCUGCUGCUCAGGAACAUAGAUGCCAUUGAGAAAAGGAUGUCUGGAUCAUCAGGAACAAUUACCAUCAAGUGUAAAGAUCUGCAAGUGCUCCAGCUCGACAUCCCAGGCAUGGAGCAGUGUCUCAAUAUUGCACACUCUAUUGAGACCCUGUCUUGUCUGGACUGUGUGUCGGAGAUGUAUCCUUUCUUUUACAGGCCUGCUGAUCUCAGCCUACAGGACCAAUGGGGUCUCUCAUCCCCUGAAAGCUACUACAGUCAAAUGAAAGAGCUUCAUGGCCGGUGGAGGCUGAGUAGUGUGAACAGAGACUACUCAGUGUGUCCCUCCUACCCUCCAGCAGUCAUCGUCCCAAACAAUAUCGAUGACGACACACUGAGGAAAGUGGCCAAAUUCAGACAGGGAGGACGUUUUCCUGUCCUCUGCUACCACCACAGGAAGAAUGGCAUGGUAAUCAUGCGCAGUAGCCAGCCACUGACGGGAGCCAAUAGGAAGCGCUGCAGGGAAGACGAGCUCCUCCUCCAGGCUGUGAUUGACGGCUCAGACAAAGGUUACAUUAUUGACACCCGCUCCAGUCAGCAGGCUCAACAGGCCCGCAUGACAGGUGGAGGGUUUGAGUCCAAAUCCUGCUAUAGCCACUGGAAGAGACUGCACAGACAGAUGGAAAGAGGUAAAGCUCUCCAGGAGAGUCUGAUUAAACUGGUGGAGGCCUGUGGUGACGAGUCAAAUAACAUGGACCGCUGGCUCAGUAAGCUGGAGAAUUCAAAGUGGCUUUCUUAUGUCCAGACUGCUCUGUCGACCGCCGGCCUUCUGGCUGAGUGUGUGGAGAGGGACGGUCAUUCUGUUCUGGUUCACGGCUCUGAAGGGACAGACUCCUCUUUGCUCAUCAGCACUCUAGCUCAGCUCAUCAUGGACCCCUGCUGCCGCACACUGGACGGAUUCCUGGCUCUGCUGGAGAGGGAGUGGCUGCAGGCAGGACACCCGUUCCAGCAGCGAUGUGCCCACUCAGCCUACUCCCACGCUCGCCUCCAGCAGGAGUCUCCGGUCUUCCUGCUUCUGCUGGACUGUGUGUGGCAGCUGUGGCGUCAGUUCCCUCUGGCUCUGGGCUUCUCCGAGGCGCUGCUCCUCAGACUGGCAACUGAAGUCUACGCCUCUGACUAUGGCACCUUUCUGUGUAACAGCGAUCACGAAAGGUGUGCCAUGGGAGUGAAGGAUAAGACACACUGUUUGUUCCAAGCCUUGCUUAGGCCCAGGGAGAAAGAUUACUACUCUAACCCCCUGUACGAGCCCACUGAGCUGGCAAUCUGGCCCUCAGUUCACCCUCAGUCCCUGCAGCUCUGGAGAGGCUUCUUUCUGAGGUGGACCCAGCAGACUCGUCACCUUGAGGAGGCUCAGGAGGAAAUAAGGAACAUGGUGAUCGAGUGGAGCAAGUUGGCACUCAGCUGAUGGCCUUCCAGUGUGUAUGAAUAAGUGAAGAUGAUCAUCCUGAACAUGUCUGAAGGAGAAAUCCUACCAAUGUGCAAUGCCUUAACAAUCUGCUGUGUUUCAAUGUACAGUAUUUUUUACUCUUUUAUAAAAAUUGUAAUA